UUUGACAGACGAUUUGUUUAUUAAUCAACCCAAUAAUAAAUGAUUUAAACAACUAAAUUACAGUGAUAAUAAGGAAAACAGAUGAAUUUUUACGCGAUUUAUUGUUUAGUUUGAGAUAUCCCGAAGGUGAAGCGCGGUAACAAUGAAUUUGGAACUAUUAGAAUCGUUCGGACAGAAUUACCCGGAGGAAUUCGACGGCAUUCUAGAUUCACUCUCGAUAGCGGUUACAUGUGCGUACAACAAGCGUGGCACUUUGUUGGCGGUAGGGUGCAACGACGGCAGGAUUGUAAUAUGGGAUUUCCUAACGAGGGGCAUAGCCAAAAUAAUAUCGGCGCACGUGCAUCCGGUUUGCAGCAUUAGCUGGUCCAGGAAUGGGCACAAGUUGGCCUCAGCCUCCACUGACAACACUGUUUGUAUAUGGGAUGUGUUGUCUGGGGAGUGUGAACAGAAGUACAGGUUCCCCUGUCCUGUUAUUAAGGUGCAGUUCGAGCCUCGGAACAUGGAAAGGUUGUUGGUGUGUCCCUUGAAGCAUGCGGCUGUUCUGGUUGACGUAAAUGGCAAGCAUCAGGUUUUACCAGUGGAUGAGGAUGGUGACUUGAAUAUAGCUGCCUCUUUUGAUAGAAGGGGGGAUUAUGUAUAUACAGGGAACGCAAGAGGUAAAGUGCUAGUCCUGGAUUCUAGAACAUUGGAAGUCAAAGCCAGUUUCAGAAUUGUUCUGGGAUCAUCAAGUGCAGCUGCUGUAAGAAGUAUAGAGUUUGCUCGAAGAGGAGAUUGCUUUCUUAUUAACACUGCAGACAGAGUCAUAAGGGUGUACAAUAGUAAGGAAAUCUUAGCCUUUGGGAAAGAUUGUGAGCCAGAACCCCUACAAAAAUUACAAGACUUGGUCAACAGGACAAUGUGGAAAAAGUGUUGCUUCUCAGGCGAUGGCGAAUAUAUUUGUGCUGGCUCAGCCCGACAACAUGCACUGUACAUUUGGGAAAGGUCUGUGGGUAACCUGGUGAAAAUUCUGCAUGGUACAAAGGGAGAAUUGCUUUUGGACGUCGCCUGGCAUCCAGUUAGACCUAUAAUUGCUAGUAUUUCAUCAGGUGUUGUGAGUAUAUGGGCCCAAAACCAGGUAGAAAAUUGGUCUGCUUUCGCCCCCGACUUCAAAGAACUGGACGAAAACGUUGAGUAUGAAGAGCGAGAAAGCGAAUUUGACCUAACUGAUGAGGAUAAAUCAAUUGCAAGUGGUGGUGACGACAAAGAAGACACGGAUUUAGAGGUCGACGUUUGUGCUGUAGAACCAGUUGCUGCUUUUUGUAGCUCAGACGAGGAAAAUGAAAAUACUGACUGUCUACAAUUCCUCCCCAUAGCCCCAGAGAUUGAAGACCCUGAAGAUAAUUGGACAGCCUCUGACAACAUUCCCCCUACAAACCAAGGAAAUGGGCCACCACCACCAAAGAAAAAGAAGUACAAGUCUUACGACAUAGCUCUGGAAAAUACGUGUGAUGGAGAAAUCCAUCCCCUUUUGAGUAACAAGACAAAGGAUAAACAGGUGGGUGGAGGAAAGAAAAGUGCGGGACGGCCACGAAAGUAAAAAAUUAUACUUGUACUGUUAUAAAUUGCUUUUUACACCAGUUUAGGUACAGAAAUGAAUAACAUUGUUUUGUCAACAAUAUAUUUGUCCUACUAUUUUA